UCUACUGUAUAACCCCUUAAUGAGCCCCACACGAGAGAUGACGCAGCUUUCGCAACAGAGAUAAUCAGAGACGAGGCUUAUCAGCAGCGGAGCAGGCGACAAAAUUUUCAAUCUGUGUAAAUUCGGAAUUUUCACGUACAAUAAAUAGCACACACACGGAACAUACAAUGUCCGAUCAGCCAGGACAUAACCCUCCAGGGGCCCCUGAGCAAAGAGGGGAAGAAAUUUUACAAGAACUGAACAAAAACAUGAGUAAAUUUGCGGACAUCGCACGAUCAGUGGUUGAAAUGAAAUCGACCAUUGAAAACCUUCAAAAAAAAACGUGAAAGAAAUUAAACGCAAAAACCAAGAAGAGGCGGGGCCGUCAAAAAAGUCACGAAUUUCGGACUCAGAUAUGUGCCAGUCGGGGCCGUCCAAACAGUUACAAGCACCUGCGGUUACAGUUGCCGAAAGUUCCGAUUCGGAAUCGGAACCAAUGGACGCAGAAAUAGACGAACUGCAGGGUUAUUUGGAUGAGGAAAGCUGUUCGGAUGAGGAGGAUUGCGAUCUUAUAACAGAGUUAACGCAAUUCUGUACUGAGACAACGGAAACUGGUGAGGCCGUAUCACCUAACAUCGCUGAGAUUACAAACAAGGCAAUAAAAAACAAGCAGUCAGAAGAAAAAAUCAAAGAGAUUCUGAACAGACAUCAACGGCCAGUAAACAUCGAGUUCCUUCAAGUCCCCAAGGUUGAUGAAUUUCUGUGGAGACAAUUAAAACAGUCUCCAAGACAUUCAGACUUUAUCCUGCAAAAGUCUCACAGCACGCUUGCACAAGUAGCGGUACCAAUCAUAAAGGCACUUGAGAGGAUUCAAACAUCCAAAGAUAAAGUACUGAAACAGCUGUUAUCGGACGCAUUCAAAUUGGCAACCAAUGGGAUACAGAAGACGACCAAUUACAGAAGAGAGAAACUAAAAAAGGAAUUGCAACCCCGCUAUAGACAUCUAGGAAAUUUGGACUCCUCAGCAGAAAAGCUGUUCGAAAAGAUUCGAGAAGCUAUUAAAACCACCGAAGGAGCCAAACAAAUCGUCAACAUGCGCUACGCUCCAACUCAACGGAAGCCAUUUUUAGGCCAGCGCCCAAAUCAGCACAGGUGGAAUCCGGGAGCAAAUCAAUUCAGAAGAAACAACCACGCAUACCAGCACAAACGCAGGGGAAAUUUCAAGAUGCACCCCAAACAGAAAUAA